AUGUUGGCUAUUUUACCAGUUCUCGCACUUUUCCACGCCCGCGGUGUGAGGGCCGGCUUCGAGGAUCUCGUUCUCCCUCGCGCACCAGUACCAGGAGGAAUCGAAGAUGCUGCUGCUCUCUUGCUCCACGGCGGAUCAGGGCUUGUCCCUCGUGCUGCCCCGGCUGCUUGUUCCACUGCCUUGGAAUUCAUCAGUUUUUGCUCUUCUGUUAGCCCCGGUUUCCUCACGAUGAACCCGACCCGACAGGCACCUUGCCUAUGUUAUAGCAGUGCCGUGUGGCGCCCGAGUGUUUUUGACGGCUACGUUAGCACAUGUGCGAGCUACGCCAGAACAGCAGCUCCUGAAGACUAUUCGGCCAUUUCGGCACUUCAAGGGUUCUGUUCCGAUGUGGGAAAUGUCAAAGGCAAUGGAGCCGUUGUAACAACCCCAUCAUCACCCCAAGCUGCGGCUCCAACAACGACAAAACCGGUGCCAACCCCAGUAAUAACCCCAAAGCCAACAGCAGCGGCCACUACCACAGGGCUCGAUGCUAAUAUAGGCUGCGUCACGGCGAGCGUGUUGCUAAGCUCCUGCCUCGCUGCCACCAGAGGCUUUACAACCCUCCCAACCAACAGCCAAGCCGCCUGUCUUUGUUACAACGGUAACUCAUGGGCACCAAACAGCUUCGACAGUGGGGUCCAGGCUUGCGCCAGCUACGCAAAAACCGCAGAUCCCGAGGAUUAUUCCGUCUUCGCAGCUCUCAAAAGUUUCUGUUCCGAUGCUGGAGAUGUUCGCGCCGCUGCUUCAACACCAGUGCCGACUCCUAGCGGCAGUGAUGAGACGACGACGACGACUCCACUUACUGGGACUGCUGCUCCCACUGGUGUAGCUGUUGGAGGGAUCACCAACACCUUACCUGGCUCAUCACCCGGCCCGACCGUUACUGUCACUGCCGGGCCAACCAACCCAAAUAGCUCAGCGCCAUCAACAGGGUUUAGUAGUAUUUUAUUAGGAUUGACAUGUCUCGCAAUGGCAGCGGCCCUCUUCUGA